AUGGCCCAUCAAAGGAUUCUUGUAUUGCCUGUAUUAAUGUGCUCUUUUGUGCUAUUCGCUGUAUUGACUGAACAGGCCUUGGAGGUGAAAGCCCGGGACGUCCCUGCCCCUGCCCCUUCUCCUCGAGAGAGCAGCAAAGGAGGCGACGAAGCUUCAACACGACGCGUUCAUCGACACGCUCCUUCAACCCCGGCGGCCGGAGGCGGAUCCGGGUCAGCGUCUGCGUCUGGGUCUGGGAGAGGGACGGGUAGCGCUUCUGCUACAGGGUCAGGGUGUAAUUCGUCUGGAAGCGGUUCUGGUUCUGGUUCUGGUUCUGCCUCAGGUGGUAGCAGCUCGAGAGGAUCAGGCAGCGGAAGUGGGUCCGGUUCAGGCAGCUGCGGAGGUGGUCGGUCCUCUGCUAUGGGAGCCGGUUCUGGUUCUGGUUCUGGUUCUAGUUCUGGAUCUGGUUCUGGUUCAGUACCCGGAACUGCUGCCCCUUCUGGCCCUGCUUAUGCUCCUUCUCCUGCUCCUUAG